CGGUUUCGAUCGUCGACGACAGGCGUGGCUGGACUUCGGACUGCGUGCAAACCGCAAUCUCGCAUCCCAUAUAUACAACAGCGACCAACCACCAGGAUGGCGUUUCGGCUCGGUCUACUCUCAGCCGCGCUGUCGAUCCCCGUCCUCUACUCCGGCGGGCCAAAGUUUGUUGCCCCGGUGUACGGUCAAUUCCUCUCGGAACAGCACCAUUUCGAAGCGGCUUUGGGGUCCGUCGUGCUGGGUGCCGCUCUUGGAUAUGCUUUUACGUCCGUCAGAGCGACGGCUGAAAGUAAAGCACGACCGCAUACUGUGAUUUCCCUGCUUGUGUCGUUACUCCUAACAGCAGCGCCGGGGGUGAUGCGAACACUGUUCUCGCAUAGCAGAGAGUGGGGCCCAGAAUGGGGACCUUUGUUGACCAUGGCGCCGGUGUAUGCGGCGAUAGCCCUCUUGUCGGCCGUCGCAGUGCUUGCUACACCAGCACUUAAUCCCUUCAUGGAAGCGACGGCAGUGUCCGCGGCCCUCAUCAGCAGUCUGCGGAGAGCGGAUGCAAUCGUGGACAAGAUUGGCGAGUUUACAGGCGGCAGCAGCACGUGCGGAUUUCUGAGAUUUUUAUCGUUCUUUUGGCUGUCUCAGACCGCUGUAGAUGCGUUGAUGGCAGGGAUGAGCACGUCCCCGGCCGUUGUUGCGACCACCGACGCGAAGAAUGACGGCAAGAAGCCUGGCAAAGCUGCCAAAGCUGCCAAAGCUCUUGCCAAGACGCCCCAGGCAUCUGCAGCGAAAAAUAGGCUAUUUUCUAUGGGGGCGUUGAUCGUUCUGUCAACCGGAACAGUCUUCCUCGGUAGCCUGUUCCCGGAAUCCCGUCAGUGCAGCGCUUCGGUGAAGUUGGACAACAAGUACGAGCUCCUCGCUCUGAACGAGUCCGUUACCGGAUAUCUGUACGUCAUUCAAGACAACAGCAAACACGGCGGCAUGCGAUUGAUGCGAUGCGACCAUUCGCUAAUUGGCGGUGGCUACCCAGAAUACGACUUUGACUCGGUAUUCGGAAGCUUCUACUUCCUAGACUUUGUGCAGUACAUCACGAGCGGCAGAGCCUCUGCGACAACGACGCGCAAAGCUUUGCAGAUUGGUUUGGGCGUAGGGGCGUCCACAAAGACGCUCUUAGAACAUGCCCGAGUGUCGUUAGAUCUGGUGGAGCUGGAUCCCUUGGUGGUUGAAUACGCGAAAACGUACUUUGCACUCCCGGAACCUGCCACGACGCACAUAGGGGAUGGGAGAGCAUUCAUCGACGACGCACCGGACAACACCUACGACUUUGUCAUUCACGACGUGUUCACCGGCGGUGUUGUCCCAGGCAAGCUCUUCACGGUGGAAGCCAUAAGAGGCGUCAAACGGGUCCUCAAACCCAAAGGUGUCCUCGCCCUCAAUUUCGUCGGCACCUUGGAAUCGAUCGCCACAAAAUCGGUCGUGAGCACCCUCAAGGACGUGUUCCCCUACCUCGAGAUCUACACCGAAGACAAGCUAGAGAACCUUGCCGAGUCGCCGCUUUACAACAUGGUGUUCUACGCGUCUACGCACCCAAUCACAUUCACGAUUCCGGAAACGGCGACGCUGCCACAUACGUCGCAUAUGUACAGACAUUUCGUGGAUAGGUUCCCUGCUAGUCGGGCGACGGACUCGCCAGUGUUUGAGGAAAUGGUGGGGAACCUGGAUGAGAGGCUGAUCAUCACGGACAAACACAACCCCCUGGCGACGUUGCAAAUCGAGAGUGCCGAAAAACACUGGGGGGUCAUGCGAAAGUUGUUUGAUGAUGAAUUCUGGACGGGAUUCUGAUCCGCCCUUUCGGCAUCACAAUCAUGGACGUAGAUAUGACCGCCGGGUGGCCCAUGCUCUUUAUGAGCUAUUCUCUUUCAGUACACGGUCACAGCAAAUCCCUCCGUCCCACCCAUCGAUAUAUCAACAGCUCUAUAAUCUGCGUCGCGGAAGCUUAUAGUAGUCGCCAUGCACAUCUCCACACGCAAUGGCACGCAUCCGACAAAUACCGUGCGGGGGGAUACGAUGAAGAUCGAAGAUGAGGAGCGGUCGGUCACUGAGAGGGAAGCAGGGUGGGGGACGGAUGGUUGACGGGGGGCCGGCCGGCUUUUGCAGUGCCGUCGAUUUUCAUGUAACCAAGUGACUACGUUUUCUUCACUUCUCAAUACAUCAUACAGACGAUCGGGUUGUAUCUCCAGCCCUCUCGGAAGGGCCCAUUGUUUCCAUCAAGCUUCUUUUGACGCUACAUGGUGGCAUUCGUGAAGAUGGGCAGGACUUAUGUG